AUGAUUUACAAAGCCAGGGAGAGAACCCAGGAGUCCUGNGGCGGCGCCCAGGAGCCGGAGAAGCGGCGCGGUAGCGGGGGGCUGAGCACUCUGGUGGAGGAGUACGACGACGUGAGCUCCCAGUCCGAGGGGCUGGUGGGAAGCGGAGCGGCCGGACCAGGCGGGGCGGGGAGCGGCGGGGGAAGCCCGGCCUCCUCCUCCGGCGGGGGGAGCCAGCGCCCCCGGGGGGAGUCGGAGCGGAGCAGCCGGCCGCGCCGGGAACAUCGCGGCAGCAGCGGCCGCUCCAGAGAGCGGCACCGGGAGCACCGCAGGCGGGGGGAGGAGAAGCAGCAGGAGGGGACGGCGGUGGCCAGGGGGGGAGCCGAGGCCUCCUCUUCCUCCUCCAAGUCCCGCAGCCGCCACAAUCAGACCGGGGGCCAGGACCGGGAGGGCCCCAAGAGCAGCAGUGGCGGCGGCAGCGACGCCCGCAGGAAAGGCCUGGCCGCCUCCCCCGGCAGUGGCAGGAAGGAGCGGGAGGGCAAAGCGCACAAGAGCCGGACUAAAGCGGCCAAAGAGCCGCCCUCGGCCUACAAGGACCCGCCGAAGGCUUAUCGGGAGGAUAAGGCCGAGCCUAGGGCCUACAGGCGGCAGCGAUCGUCCCCCAGCCCCGGCCGGGACGACAGCCCCCCGUCGCACAGGGCCUCCCAGAGCCAGAGGAGCCGCAAAUCGCCCAGCCCCAUCGGCGGGCGCUCCCCUCUCAGCCCCUACAGCCGCCGCCGAUCCCCUAGCUACAGCCGGCACAGCUCGUACGAACGCGGCGGGGAUGUGUCGCCCAGUCCCUACAGUAGUAGCUGGCGUCGCUCUCGGAGCCCCUACAGCCCCACUGUCAGCAGGAGAUCAGCAAAAUCCCGAAGCAGAAGCCCUUACUCAUCAAGACACUCAAGGUCUCGCAGCAGGCACAGAUUAUCUAGGUCCAGAAGUCGUCACUCGAGUAUUUCUCCUAGCACACUGACUCUGAAAAGUAGCCUGGCGGCUGAGUUGAAUAAGAACAAAAAAGCUAGAGCUGCAGAAGCAGCCAAAGCUAAUGCAAAAAUUUCAAACACCUCUACGCCUACUAAGGGAAACACUGACACUGGUGUGAGUGCACCUCAAACAAACAAUGUGAAGGAUCUGAAGAAAAUAAAAACUGAGCAUACACCUUCUCCUACAAGUGGUGCAACUUUGAAAAAUGACAAGACAAAAGCAAAGAUCACUCUUCAGGAAACAAAGGUGGAAAAUAAUUUGAUUGUAGACAAAGUGGCUAAACAGGCAGCAGCAGCCGCAGUAGUAAAAGAGAAUAAAUCAGUUGCCAUAAAGCAGCAACCAGUCACUGUAAAAGAGAAAAACAAACCACGUACACCAAAUGUAGGAACCAAGGAGAAGGAAAAAAAUGUUGCGCUGCUGACCUCCACACUGCCACCCUUACCUUUCCCUCCCAUGCUGCCUGAAGAUACAGAUACUGACAGUUUGCGAGGGAAUCUUUCAGUGAAGGCAGUUAAAAAGGAAGUGGAGAAGAAACUCCGACAUCUGCUUGCAGACUUGCCACUCCCACCAGAGUUGCCUGGAGGAGAUGAUUUAUCCAAAAGUCCUGAAGAAAAGAAACCAGCAGUUCAGUCACACAGCAAAAGGAGGCCUAAAAUAUGUGGACCACGCCAUGGUGAAACAAAGGAAAAAGACAUUGACUGGGGAAAACGCUGCGUGGAUAAAUUUGAUAUAAUUGGCAUUAUUGGAGAAGGCACUUAUGGGCAAGUUUACAAAGCCAGGGAUAAGGAUACGGGAGAAAUGGUAGCGCUAAAGAAAGUACGACUGGAUAAUGAAAAGGAAGGUUUUCCAAUUACAGCUAUUCGGGAGAUUAAGAUUCUUCGACAGCUUAACCAUCAAAGCAUUAUCAACAUGAAGGAAAUAGUGACAGAUAAGGAAGAUGCUUUGGACUUCAAGAAAGACAAAGGUCACAAUAUCCCUGUGGCAACUACAACAAUUGGUUACAUGGCAAGUGCAUUUUACCUGGUCUUUGAAUAUAUGGACCAUGACUUGAUGGGACUCCUGGAAUCUGGCUUGGUUCAUUUUAAUGAAAAUCACAUAAAGUCAUUUAUGAGACAGUUGAUGGAGGGAUUGGAUUACUGCCAUAAGAAGAACUUCCUGCACAGAGAUAUUAAAUGUUCAAAUAUCCUACUAAAUAAUAGAGGGCAGAUUAAGCUUGCAGACUUCGGGCUUGCUCGACUGUAUAGCUCAGAGGAGAGUCGACCAUAUACCAACAAAGUUAUUACUUUAUGGUACCGGCCUCCUGAACUUCUGCUUGGAGAGGAAAGAUAUACACCAGCCAUAGAUGUCUGGAGCUGUGGCUGUAUCCUGGGUGAACUUUUUACUAAAAAACCAAUAUUUCAAGCAAAUCAGGAACUUGCUCAGCUGGAACUAAUAAGCCGAAUUUGUGGGAGUCCUUGUCCUGCAGUCUGGCCUGAUGUAAUAAAGUUAGCCUAUUUCAACACCAUGAAACCAAAGAAGCAGUAUCGUCGAAAACUGAGAGAAGAGUUUGCUUUUAUUCCGCCAGCUGCGUUAGAUCUGUUUGAUUACAUGCUUGCUUUGGAUCCUAGCAAGCGUUGUACAGCUGAACAGGCUCUUCAGUGUGAGUUUCUGCGAGACGUGGAACCAUCUAAAAUGCCUCCACCAGACCUUCCUUUGUGGCAAGAUUGUCAUGAACUGUGGAGUAAGAAACGUAGACGGCAGAAGCAGAUGGGCAUGACAGAUGACACAACAGCAGCUAAAAUUCCUAGGAAGGAUUUGUCUUUAGGCCUGGAUGAUAGCAGAACGAACACCCCACAAGGCAUGCAGACUUCUUCCAAACUCACAACUCAGGGCAACUCUAGUGUAGCACUUGUGAAAACAGGCACUGGACAGCAGUUAAACCAGAAUGAAGUGGCAAUCCUGCUAAAUCUUCUACAGUCUAAAUCAAGUGUUAGCAUGGCACAUUUUGCCGAAGUGUUGAAUAUUAAGAUAAAUGCAGAGACUCAGCAGCAACUAGAUAAAAUAAACAUUCCUGCUGGUAUUUUGGCAGCAGGUGAAAAACAGCCAGAGCAACAGCCGCCUCCACCACCACUAGAACAGGAGCCUUUGCAACAGCCAGCAGUCACUCAGCCAGCUGUGCCACCUGCUCAGCUGACUCAGCCUAAAGUUGAGACUGAUGCUGCCCAGGCAGCUGUGCAGAGUGCAUUUGCUGUUUUGUUGUCUCAGUUAAUAAAGACUCAGCAAACAAAGCAAAAAGAUCUUGUACUAGAGGAGAAGGAGAAUGGAUCAGGAAAUGAAAUGUCGUUACAACUCAGGCAGCCUCCAGAGCCUUGCACUCCUGCAUCUGAUAACCAGGAGGACACGGAAUCUCCAGCAUCUGUUUACCCACAUCUGAUCAAAUCAUUAUACUCAUGUGCAGGUCAAGAUGAUUUGGUUAGACAGCCUGAGAUGAGGCUUCUAAACCUAACACCAGAACAAGAACGCCCUCGUAUUUUGCCCCCAGACCAGCGUCCUCCUGAGCCACCAGAACCACCGCCUCUCACUGAAGAAGACGACCUAGAUUAUCGGACAGAAAACCAGCAUUUGCCUAUUUCUAGCUCUUCAGGAACAGAUCCUCAUGCUGGGGUGAAAGCUGCUCUUCUACAACUGCUUUCUCAGCAUCAGGUUCAGCCAACUGAGGAACCAGUAACAACUAGUGUGGAUUAUCAGGCAAGAGACUCCUAUGUAACUGACUACAAGGAUAAUUUUGGAUCUUCUUUCUCUUCUGUCCAUUAUGGUGGUAGUGAUGGAAUAGGAAGUGGAUCAUCUGGGGCACUGGAAAGGAGAAGCUUCAUUGGAAAUUCAGAUAUUCAGUCUUUGGAUAACUACAGUACUGCUUCAUCUCACUCUGGUGGUGCACCUCCACCUCCUGCUUUUUCAGAACCAUUUCCCAGCUCAGUAACUGGUUAUGGAGACAUUUACCUCAACACCGGUCCCCUGCUGUUUAGUGGAGAUAAGGACCAUAGAUUUGAAUAUAGCCAUGGCCCUAUUGCAGUUCUGGGAAACCGUGGCGACACUUCCACAGGGUCGGAAAGUACUCAUUCUUUGUCCACAAAGAUGCACAACUAUAGUUAUGGAAGUAAUUUACAAGAAAACCCUAGUGGCAUUAGCCACAUACAUGGACAAACUUGGACUUCUCCAGCCCAAGGACCUGGAUAUUCCCAAGGAUACAGAGGACACAUUAGCACAUCAACAGUCAGAGGGCGAGGCAGAGGAUUACCAUACUGAGUAUCUGUUUUUCCUCAGGCACAUCAUUUUUAUCUGGAAAGACUUUUUUUCUAGCUGCAGUUUAAAGCAGCAAUCCAGUAGACUUGAAUAAUGUUAAUUCAACAGCUUUAUUUUUAUGUGGAAAAGGGUCUUGCAUACAGUAGGAAAAUUUAAACUGCUUAAAACUCAUGCUGUCUGGAAACUAGAUCAAUUGAUUGUACAUGUUCACAAAUUCUAGUUAUGAAUUUUAUUUUGUAUUUUUGGCAGUUUUAAGUGGAUGCUAAAUUUAGGGACAUCAGCUUUUUAUGGCACUCUUUCAGAUCUUCUGAACUAUGCACAUUUGUGCUUUUUUUGUAAGUUUGGACCAACUUAAUGUAAAAAAUUUUACAACAAUCAAAGCAGGGCACUGAUUUAUUUGGUAUUUUUCUUUUUACAAAACUACCUUUAGUCAGAGGUCACUGUCAGUCUUUGCACUGCUUUCAGUGUUAUUGUGGAAGGUGUACUUUGUGCUCAUUUCAGAUAAUAAAACACAACCUCCCUCUUGAUACAAAAAUUUUAUAAAUAUUUGGUCAAUGUUAUUUUUUUCCUUUAAAAAAAAAAAAAAAAAAAAAGAUGGUGUAGUAAAAUGUUUCCCCAUCUCCCAGACAUGUUUGUAAUAAAACUGUUUUACUUGAAUGGUAAGUGCCUUAACGUGUAAGUUUAAGGUCUGCAAAAAUUCUCUACAUUUUUCUUAAAAGGAAAUUCCCUUUCUCUAAGGUUGUUUUGUAGCUUGAUUCAAAGACUAAUACUUUGAUACACUACAUUAAAACAGAGAUAAUUAUAGGCAACUUGGACAGAGCACAUUUUAAAGUGGCAUAUUUGCCAUUUGUCAGCUAAGCCAGUUUAGUAAGUUAUACUAAAUUUUCUCUUAAUUGAAAUGAUCUUCCCCAAACUGAAUUUACUGAGAAUGUCAGUGUGAAGCCAUUAAAGAAAGGUAGGUUUCCAUCAACUUUUCCCUAAAAGCUCUAUUAACUUCUGUAGUCCCUCUGCCAAAUAAGAUCUACUUUAUACAGAGCUAUGGAUGGUAAAAUUGACUUUAAGGAAGACAGUGAGAGAGAGCUUUUUCUUCAAUGUCAUUGGUAAUAGUUAAUGAGUUUUGUGUGGAAAGCUGACACUGUCUCCUCUUUACCACAUAUAAAAGCAUUAUGGAAAGCCUCUAAUGUUAAAGACCAGUAUUUAAUGCAACAUAGAAAAUUUAGCAGUUCAAAUUUUCUGGAAAGUGGGAUUGUGCCAAUUAAUCCUUUCUGUAUUCAGCUAUUCCAUUGAUCAUUGUAAUACUUUAUUUGAAUCUGUCUUUGAACCACAACAAAAAUUACUGUAGCUAAAAUUGCUACCAGAAACCAUCACUCCAGUUUUAUAUUAGUUAUAUUUUCCAGCAUAUUUUCCUCUGAGAACAGCAGCCUCUCUCUCCUGCAGAGAGGGGAUAUGGCUAUAUUUUCCAUGUACUGAAAAGAAUGUUUAAUAGCCCAUAUUGGAUACAAUUUUCCAACUGAUUAUCCAGUUGAUAAAUUGAUACAUUAUGUAACAGUGUUUAAUUACUUUUAAAAAGGUAAAAAUUCUACAUACACUAUUACCAGUUGAGUCAUGUCAGUGACUUCUUGGAUUUUCAGACUAGAAGCCAAAGUUGUCUAUUUCGUUUAAAAUUCUGGUUCUAAUUUAUGACUAAUUAUUGCAGCAUAGGGUGUGAAGAACAUUAAAAUGUAACUAAACAGUGUUCAAGUAUCUGCAGUUGCAUCAUGGUGAGUCUUAUCUCUUUAGACUUCCCUCUAAAUCUCAGUUAUCCAAAUUCCCAUCAGCCACACUAGAGAAUCCUGCUGUCUGAAAAUAAAAGCAGCUAAGCUGGAAACAAAUAUUUGUGACCUGAAUAGCCUGUGUUUAAAAGAAAUUAAACACUUCAUAUAAAAUGACACUGUGUUUGAAUAGUUUUUCUUGAGCUAAACACAUCUUAGUAUUUUUUGAAGGAGAGAAUAAAUGCAAGCAGAAGAGUCUUAGUAUUGUCAUUGUGUUCAGCUAUAGCAGCAUCUUACCAUUUUUACAAAAGUAUGCUCAGCUAAAACAAAAGCCAGGUUUAAUAACAAAAAUCUAGCAAAAGUUAGGUGUAAAAUCUGGCAAAAGGCUUUCAAAUCCAUAUACAACCUUUGUGGCAAGAAAUGCAUGGUCAAAUAUUAACGUGUACUCCACUUCAAAAAAAAUAAAGCCUUGUGAGACUUCACUAAGAAGCAGGUAAGUCCAAAUGAAAAGUAGAUAAUAAAGAACAAAUCAGGAAUACGUGAUUUUGACUUUCAAAAAUAAAAUGUGAGGAAGAAAUACCUGUUAUAGCUUCCUACGUAGAGGUAAAGUUUCAAGCCAGAUGAUACACUUAUUUCACCUAAGCCAGUCUCUCUUGUCCACAUAAAUAGUGAUAGAGCAGUUUGAUUUAUGAACUGAAAUACUGUGACAAUUAAGAUGUUCCAUGUAGUUAGAAACGUUGGCAUAUUAAUGUAUUGGUUGAUAUCAAAACUAAUUUUAGACUUUGAUCUUGACUGAAUAAGAAUAAAAGCAAUUAGAAAAGGAUACAAAGCUGAUUUCCAAAUGGAUUGGCAACAAAUGCAUUAAGAUUUAGCAAAUCCAUUCACAUGCCAUUGCUGGUAUAUGUAUUGCACAGUGAUUUUUCUACUAAUUUUAGUUCAAGCAAUACUGGCCUAACAUUUAAAAACCAAUGGUCCACACUGUUCAAACAAUUCAGAGAGUCAGGCUGAAUUACUCAGCCCCAAUAAUCUUGCCUCUUAAAACCUGGGCAAGAGAUUUCUCCCACUUCCAGUCCUUGUAUGACAUUUUGCGACCCUGCAAGGGUCAGAACAGUUUUGGGGUAUGAGCCCUAUGCCGCUCCCCUUACAAGCAGCCCUGAUAACGAGCUCAUGUCUCCAUAGUGUACAGUUCUCUAGCAAUCCCAGGCUAUGACUCAGCCCUCAGAAGGCUGCAAAAAAUGAGAGCAACCUCUGUGGCUGCUCUAAGAUGUGCCCAGAAUAUGGGCAGUGCAAAAAUGGCUUAACGUUACUUUGCCCCGUAUCCCUGUGGGAUUACAUCUUCUGCUGCACCUCCUAGAUGUACUGCAGAGAAUUGGACCCAACAUCAAAAAGUGUUUUUCUCUACCAUCCAGAUUGAAGUAAAGUAUUUGAUCCUGGAUAUACCACAUGUUGAAUAGUUAGUUUUGAAUGAGGUGGUCUCCAACAUUACCUGGAGUAAAAGAAUUAAAAACACAUAGUGCUAGUAUGACAGGCAGGAUAUUACAUAACUUCAGCCAAACGAAAAGGAGAGAGAGAGACUAACAUAAAAACAAAUUCGUGAUCCUAGGAUAAAGCAAUCCUGAGUAGAAGAAACUGCAAAAUACAAACCAAAAAAACCUACAGCAUACCCCCCAUCCAAAUAACUAAAUCUGAUCUUUAAAUGUAAUUGCUAGAAAAUUACUUAUACAUUUUAAAAAUUGCGUAUUUAUAUUUUUUAUACAUAUUCCAUACAUAUUUAAUUACUAUUACCUUCUAUCAUCUUAAACAUCAGCUGCUUAAUGAAAAACAAAGGUGGAAGGAGUUUUAAUGUAAACUAUUGAUGCUUUGAGAUUGCUUUUCCUGUUAUAUUUAUAGCAGGAGUUAGUGCCAGUCUGAAGGAAGUUAUUAAAGGUUCAUCAGUUGCUGAGACUUAUAAAUAAGCUGUAAAACGAAUUUUAAACUAGCACAGGUAACUUUCAUGCAAUUGUUAUUCAGGCAAAAACUCCAUUACGUCCCAAACUACAAGAGCCGGCCCCAUGUUUCAUUUCCAGUAGAGGAAAUAAAUUUCACCCAAACUUUUUGAAUUUUUGUUUUAGAUUGAAGAGAAAAAUAAACCCCCUCCAAAGGAUGAAAAAUCUCAGUUGAAUUAUGUUGGUGGAAAAAUCUUGGUUAAUGCUUCAAAUUGUUUGAGGCAGUAUUAAUGUGUUCUCUGCAGUUAAGUAUGCCAUUAAAUAAAUUGCCAGAAAACUGAUUCAGAUCUAAACUGUUUCAUAUUAAAUUAAGUGCUGGACUUAAAUUCAAACUAAUUUUUGCUGAACAAGGUUAAGUACUCUUAUCAUAGGAAUUAUUUUAGGGCAACAAUUUAAAAUACUGAAACUACUACUUCAGCUUACUUACUGUUGAUAUUUCUUUAAGCCAUUUGUAUAUAAGAUGUAUUGAGUAGCCUGUAAAUAAAAUACCAUGAGAACUUCA